AGACGAUGCCAGGAUGAGAUCUGCACCAACAUGAGUGUGAAUUGUGAGAGGGGAAGCGCCUGGGUCGGAGGUGGGCAUCAAAGUGUGCUUUGAUCAAAGGGGUGUGUGGUGGAUUUCAUCAUCCUCUGUUAAAUAUUCAUCCCCAAGUUGCUUCUUGCCAUCACUGAGCUCCCAAGCCAGCUCCAUCCACUCACUGUUCCUCCGAUCAUGACUGGGGAUGAUGUCCCAGCUCCCCAGCAGGGGGACACAGCUGCUGCUGCGCCGGGCCCCAGCAGCAUCCCUGGGGAGCCCAUGGAUGUAGAAUGUCCCAUCUGCUACCAGGAGUACAACCAGUACAACAAAUGCCCCCGGAUGCUGGAGUGCCUCCAUGUUUUUUGCACCGAGUGCCUUCAGAGGAUCCAGCUCUGCCCCUGUGAGCCCCCUGAACCCCACAGCCCUCCAGCCAUUCCCUGCCCCCUCUGCCGCCACCUCACCCCUCUGGAGGCCGGUGACGCCCUCUCCUUACCCUGCAGCUCCCGCAUACUGGCCAGGCUGCCCCCCAUGGCCUUCCGCCUGCCUGUAACCAUGGUGACCCGCCUGGCCACGGUCACACAGAGAGUGGUGCUCUCCCUAGAGGGCGACAGCAGGGACACUCGCUUCAUCAUCCUGCCCACCGUCAGCCUGCAGGUGCAGCAGAUGCACCCGGACAGGCCGUACGGCACGGCGCCAGGCCUGGUGGGGGAAGAGGAAGUCAUGCAGCAGAGCAAGAAGACGCUGUUCUGUGUGCAGCUGCUGGCUGUCAUCUUCUGGGUGCUGUUUGUGAUCACCUGCAUGGUCGGGGUGGUGUUUGGGCCACAUUUCUUGAACAGGAAACUGUAACAGGGAACAGCUA